AUGCGGACCCACACAGGCGAGAAGCCAUACAAGUGCGACCUCUGUCCUGCAAAGUUCACCCGCAACACGACCCUGAGAAAGCACAAGCAGAAGCACACCGGAAAGGAGCCUGUUCAGCUAGAGAGGGACGCUACAGUUUUACAAGCCGACACCUACGGGCACGAAGCCAUGCAAAUGCGAUGGGAGUUCAGCCAGAGCGGGAGCUUACAGCAGCACAAGGAGACAUACACAGAUGAGAAGCCCUACAAGUGCGAUCUCCGUCCUGCACAGUUGAGGCACAGCCCGGGCCUGUCGAAUAACAGGCAGACACACACGGGCGAGAAGACAAGCGAGAAGCAGUACAAGUAUGAUCUCUGUCCUGCGGAGUUCAACAAGAGCAGGAAGCUGUGGAAUCAGAGCAAUAGGUGGAGACAUGAGGGCGUGAAGCCGUACAAGUGCGAUAUCUGUCCUGCAGACCUCAGACAGAGCAAGGGUCUGUCGUAUCACGAGCGAAAACACGUGCGCAAAAAGCCCUACAAGCAUGAACUCUGUCCUGCAUGGAUGGGCCAUGGCAGGAACCCACAGCACUGCAUGCGGGCUAGAAGCUAUACACCAGUCUGCCACGCAGAGUUCGGCCAGCUGACGAACCUGAACAAUCAUAACUGGACGCACAUGGCUGAGAAGCCGAAUAGAGUUCAUUCACUUGAUGAACAGACACAGACCAGAGAACAAAACAGCUGCAGGAACCAGGAGCCUGUGGCUUCGCACGUAGCCCCGAGAGACAAUGAAACCGUGAAAGUACAGAGGCCAUGUACGCGAGCAAGAGCAAGCACUGGUUUGCUCCACAUAAAGGACCAGCCCAGAGGCAUUUGUGAUCAAGACUCUUCGGAUUGUACUUCUCCAGAGGCACAGUUCAAGAUCAGCACAAUGACUGUUGAACCACAGUUCGACAACGCUCUACCAGUCGCUACGAACGGUGGACCCACUGAGCGACUUUCAGACCAGAGCGAGCCAUGUGCACUUGCAUACACAUCGAAAGACAGCCUGAAACAGCACGUAUUUGCACAGUGUCACAGUGAGUCUGAAAUGUGUGCCGUUACUUCUUCACCGAAUGAUCAGAUGGGAGAUGAGAGUCUUACGUACAACAUCUGUCCCCCUGCAUUCGCACCGACUGGGAGUGAUGAAAGCCUCGUGUCAAAGCGUACUAACAAGAAGCCAUGUAAGUCCGAUCUCUGUCCUGGACAGUCCCACCUAAGGAAGAGCCUGCGGUGCCACAAGCAAGCACAGACGGGAGACAAGCCAGACAGGAGUGAUAUCUGCCCCGCGAAGCUCAGCCAAAUCACGCAUCGGCGGCUUCACAAGCUGACACAGACAAGCGAGAAGCUGUACAAGUGCAAUGUGUGCCCUGCGGAGUUCAGUCUGAGAGGGAAACUGCAGCAGCACAAACGGACACACACAGGCGAGAAGCCAUACAAGUGCGAUGUCUGCCCAGCACAGUUUAGGCAGAGCACUAACCUACGGAAGCACAAGCGGAUACACACAGGCGAGAAGCCAUACAAGUGCGAUGUCUGCCCUGCUAAGUUCAGCCAGAGCAGUAACCUAAGGCGACACAAGCGGACACACACGGGCGAGAAGCCGCACAAGUGCUGUGUUUGCCAUGCUAAGUUCAGUGAAAUUGUGACCCUACAGCGUCAUGAACGAACACACACAGGCGAGAAGCCAUACAAGUGUGAUGUCUGUCCUGCUAAGUUCAGCCAGAGCAGUAACCUAAGGCGACACAAGCGGACACACACGGGCGAGAAGCCGCACAAGUGCUGUGUUUGCCAUGCUAAGUUCGGUGAAAUUUCGACCCUACAGCAUCAUGAACGAACACACACAGGAGCACCAGGAAACGAUCUUAUGAAGGUCAUCUUGGAAGGCAAUUUGUUCUGA